ACUGCGCAUUUUAUUGCACACCACAUGACGAGGUUAUUUUAUUGCUGUUAAUGCAAUGUGGUAAAGUCACUCGAAGGGUGUGUUACAAUUAAUUGUUAAUCAUCAACAACAACGACGAGGUGAAGUCAUCUUAUUAGAUUCUACAAAACGUUUGGAAAAAGGAAAUAAUCCCAAAAAAUAGAGAAAGGAAAAUAUUUCUGGAAAUAAUUUCGUAAGAAAGGUAUCACCUUACAAGUGGAGGGCAUUUAAACGGUGUUGUUAUAUGAACCAAAUCAUUCAACAAGAAGUCUUCUAUAAGAAAUACAGCUCUUGUAGUUUGUGUUUAAGAUGAGUAACGCUUACCAACCGGAUGGAAUUCUUCGUAAACAUGUUUAUUUGGAAACCAAAUAUCGCCUAUCUGGUCCUCAAUUUCUCGCCAACAAAUUAAUUAAAUUAACCGAACAUUCCGCUUUGAAUGUAUCGGUUUAUCAAGAAGAAGUCGAUUUUUACCCACCGGAUGAAGAAGUUGAUCCUUGGUGUAAUAUUCCAAUGAGUGUUGUAACUUACACCAUGGUGUUAAAAGAAGUGGUAAACGAUAUUGAAACCAAUUACAACGGAACAAAACUUUUUAACUUCGAAACUAUCAUCACCAACUACAAUCGCUUUUUAAUCGGGAAGAUUAAGUUGAAGGAUGUCUUAAAAGAAGAAAAUGUUCAAUAUACCAAUUUCGAGGUUGACAUUGAGUUGAUCAUUACGGAACGUUCUCCUCAUAUUUACCGUUCAUUACUUGUUGUGGUUCCAUAAAAAAAUGAUUUAUUACAUCAUUGUUAAACUUUAUUAAUCAAGUGUUUUAACUCUUAAUAAAAGC